AUGAGGCCAACCUCAUUGCCACUGGCCUUCGCCAGCUUGCUCCUCCUGGCCCCAUCAGUCUAUUCCACCCCGGUGGCCCAACCUCUCGAGACUCCUGCCCACAAUGACACCGACAAUGCAACCGAGAAGCCCUUCGCUCUGCGCACAAUGCCCCUCGGCGCAUCCAUCACCUUCGGGGAGAGGUCCACCGACAAGAACGGCUACCGCGGGUGGCUGCGCAAGCAGAUGCGCUUUGCGGGGUGGGACGUGAAUAUGGUGGGGAGUGUUAAGUCUGGGGAGAUGGAGGAUAAUGAUAAUGAAGGACACUCCGGGUUCGUGGUCAAGCAGGUUGCGAAGGAGGCGGAGAAGACGAUUCCUCAAGCGCCGAAUUUGAUUCUGAUCAACGCCGGAACCAACGACGCCAUCCAAAACAACGACAUCGACACCAUCGACGACCGCAUGAACGCCCUCCUCGACCGCCUCUUCACCAUCCCAGACACAACCGUCAUCCUGUCCACCCUCAUUCCCAACGGCAAUCCCGGCGUGCAGCCGCGCGUGGACCGCAUCAACACGCAGUACCGCGAUAUCGUGCGCAGGCGCAGACAGGAAUACAAUCGGAUCGUGCUGGCCGAGAUGAGCCAGUUCAUUAAACUGUCUGAUCUUCAAGAUGAUGAUAAGACCCAUCCUACUGAUGCCGGGUAUAAGAAGAUGGCGGCUGUGUGGUGGGCUGCGAUCGAGCAGGCGGAGAAGGAGAGCUUGCUGAGGGCGCCUAAGAAGAUUGAGAAGGGUGGGAAGUGUGAGGAGGGGGGCCAUGGUGGUGGUGAUGAUGUUGUUGAUGAUGAUAAGGGCCGUGUUCUCCGCAUCGGGUCGACGCCUCAUCCGGAUCAAGCCUAUUCUGGGGUUCGCUUCGCGAAUCUUGUUAAGAAGAGUGAGAAGGCGUCUGUGGAUGAGCUCGUUUGGGCGCGUGAUGGCGAGAGCAUGCUUAUGUUUGGGAAUGAUGGCGAGGGCAAGUUUGGGAAGCCUGUUGAGAUUGCGGUGAAGGAGGGGUGUGUGGCUAGUGACAUCCGCUGGGCUGAUUUCAACAACGACGGCCUGGACGACUUCAUCUGCAUUGCUCACAACGGCGGCAUGUCCGUGUCCAUCAACAAAGGCGGCAACCCGCCCAAGUUCGAGUCCAUCGGGCAUGUGCGUCCUGGCCUCGACGGUGUUCUGGGACAGGGGGAUGUGCGUCUGGGUGAUAUUGACGGGGAUGGUCGUGUUGACUACUGCCUCGUCGCCAACAACGACCUCUACUGCUGGCGCAACGGCGGACAGCGCAAGACCCGCACCACCAAGACCCAGGUCUCCUGGCAGUUCAUGGGCUUGGUCGUCCAAGGCAAAGACAGCAAGCACGACAUCGCCGACGUGCAGCUCGCCGACAUCGACGGGGAUAACCGGUCUGAUCUGGUCUGGGUCGAAGACAAGGGCAAGGUCACUGCGCUCAUCAACACACCCGCCAGCGGGAAAGGCAGCACGGUGCCGGAGUUCAAAGACGCUGGUGCUCUGUUCGGCGAUGUGAAGAAUAUCAAGGUCGAUAAGGACCGCGUCCGGUUUGGAAGUGUUUAUCCCAACGGCGGGAGUGAUUAUGCUGUUGUUGAGUCUGAGGAGAGUGGUGAUAAGUGGGAUCACUACUUGCGGGUCUGGAAGAAUACGAAGGAAAACCCAGCGAAGCCCAAGCUCGGCGAAAAGAAGCCCGUGGACGUGCGCGAGCUUGAUCCUCGCUUUGUGAUCGUACAUACCUCGGAGACGGAGUCGGAGUCGGAGUCGUCCAAAACCUGUCCUGUAGAUGACAAGGCAGCGAAAGACGACGGGGACGUUUCAGUGGAUCCUCGCUUGCCUGUUUAUGCUCACACGUCUUCGGAUUCAUUUGAUUACAACAUCACUCCGCCUCAAGUAAGCUGGUACUUGAAUGUUUUACUACUGUAG